AGCGAAAGAAAACUAGGCGAUGACAACAGCAACUAGCGGCAUAAUCCGAGACCACUAUUACACUUUAGAAAAAAAAAAGUAUCGAGAACAAGCGACCACACAACCCGCGGCAACUCCCGACCUUCUCAUAUGCAUAUAUAAAUGGGUGUGUCUUUUUCGACCAACUUACUUUUUUUUCUUCGUCAUCGCCUUUUAAUAACACACGACAAAAAAAAUCAUGCAUCUCGGCAAGUCGUCUUUGUUAUUGCUAUCCACCGUCUUUGCCAAGUCGGCCUUGGGCGCGUUCUGGAAUAUGACUGGGUACACCUACUGCCAUGAUCCAGUGGUCUAUGAGGAAGAAGGAAGAUGGUACGGUUUCUGUACAGGCGAUGGUAUCCAAAUUUUGAAGAGUGAAGAUGGUGGUAAAGAAUGGGAACUUGCUGGUCAAGUCUUUGACGAACCACUCAAGAUUUGGGCCGAAAAUGUCCCCCCUCAUCGAGGUUUGAACGUAUGGGCACCCGAUAUCGAGUACUAUAACGGUCGUGUUUGGUUGUAUUACUCGAUUAGUACAUUCAAUUCAGGUACCAGCGCUAUGUUUUUGGCAAGCGCAGACAGCGUUGGAACAGGCUCUUGGCGUGACGAUGGCGUAAUCCUCACGUCCUCUGAUGAUGAAUACAAUGCCAUCGAUCCCAACUUGGUGAUUGACAAGAGCGGUGACCCUUGGUUGUCUUGGGGCUCGCACUGGGGUGGUCUCAUGAUUGCUCGUGUCGACCCUGAAACCAUGCACAUCACUGGCGAACACACUGUUAUUACUCGCCGUUCUGGCAUUGAAAACCCCAUUGAGGCACCUUCUCUUAUUUAUAACAAGGAGCACGACUACUAUUACUUGUUUGCAUCAAUUGAUUAUUGCUGUGUGGGUCUUGACAGCACUUACAAGAUGAUUGUCAGCCGAUCCAAGGAUAUCACCGGCCCAUACUUGGAUAAGGAAGGCAACCCUGUCAUUGAUUCAAAGAAUGGCGGCAGUAUCUUUGAUACUGGCAAUGAGAGAUACGUCGCGGUGGGCCAUCAGGAUGUGGAUGACAAGGUUAUUGCCCGUCAUGGCUAUGAUGCAGAAGAGAACGGCGCAUCCAAGCUUCUUAUUAAUGACUUGUUAUUCGACGAGGAUGGCUGGCCCACUUAUUAAGUAAAAUAGUAGUAAAAACAGCAGUAGCAGCAGUAAUAUGUAGCAGAAGUAGUAGAAAG